CGCUACAGUACUGUAAGUGGUAUAUACCUGCAGGUGGUGAUAUGCACGAGGUGAGGUGACCUUCAAACCACCGCCCUGGACUCUGCUGUGUCGCCACAACUCAACUGCCCAGGCGCCCACGUCUCUCCUUAUUAUAUCCAAGACCAAGUCUUCGCUACCUAGUACCUUUGGGCCCCCGAUCCCGAUCUUCAGAACUCACACGACUAUCCGAGGAGCAGCGUUUCAUUCUUUGUGGCUGUGCAGCGCCGCCACUCUUGAACGACAUCAUUUGCACAAUUGCACAAGCCGUGCAGUAUACACACGAUCUACAAAACACUUCACGUUGCUGUGCAUCUCUGUCUUUGCAAUCUCCAGGUUUAACCGUUUUAAGGCUCGGCGCAUAUUCCUACAAACCAUAUCCGGCGGUUUUCGUACGGAAAGAUGCGUUUGGACGCUGGUGUGAAUCUUGACGCACUCUCUCCGCAAGCUCGCGCGACAUCUCCGUGAUGGAUUUCACCAUGCACCAAACCCCUCGUCUACGCGCGACAAGAUCGAUGAGCGACGUCGAAGUGCGACGCAAACCUGCCGGUAAACUUCCCAGAUAUCGCGCUGCUCGGGCAUUCUACGUCACCCUGGCUCUUGGAAUCAUAUUUGCUGGUUUCGCCAUCCGAUCCCAUUUCUCCCUUCCAUACCAAGAGCACAAUUAUUCCGGUUCCUCACUCCAUGUCCGCUCGCUGGAAAGUCUUUCGCGCGAGGACCUUGUACGCAUUCGAGACAGCGACGAUGUUUGCCGCCGAGUCAACACCAUCGCGGUCGACGAGCAAUGUGCCUUCAUUCGUCGACAUUGUCCGACAGACGAAGGCGCUUUCUCUGUCUGGCUCGAGCUCUACUACUGCCGCUUCGCUCAUGUGAAACCGGUCCCCUUCAUCAUACUGAUGACAUGGCUGGGUCUGCUCUUCUCAACCAUUGGCAUAGCUGCUAGUGACUUCUUUUGCGAAAACCUGGAAACUAUUUCAGCCAUCCUCGGUCUGAGCGAAAACGUCGCGGGUGUGACGUUUGUUGCUUUCGGGAACGGUAGCCCUGAUGUCUUCUCCACCUUCGCUGCCAUGAACGCCAACAGCGGCUCCCUGGCGGUUGGCGAACUGUUCGGGGCUGCCGGUUUCAUCACGGCCGUGGUUGCAGGCUCCAUGGCUUUGAUCCAGACUUUUCAGAUGCCGCGAAGCGAUUUCCUCCGCGACACCGGCUUCUUCACCCUUGCCGCCAUGUUCAGCCUGUACUUCUUAUGGGAUGGGAAACUCCAUUUAUGGGAAUGCAUCAGCAUGGUUGGCUUCUACAUCUUUUACGUCAUUGUCGUCCUGGUUAUGGGCUCGUGGAAGGCUCGAAAGAAGGCGCGCAAGGCAAAGGAACACGCUGCUCGAGGUCACUUCAUCUUGCCUGAAGACGAUGACGACCCCGAGGCCCAAGAGCCGUAUCAUGAUGAGCCGAGCGAGCGCGGAAUCUCGCGUCAUCAAAGCUUCGGCCUCAAUUCUAUUGAAGAUUGGUCCGCUCUUGAAAGAGGUUCUGAUCCUGCGCAGGUAGAGGAAGACGAGGCCGAGGAGGCGCGUGACCGGCUCAAGAUGAGUACCGUGGCUCACGAGAUGCGUCUCAAGCGACCGACGCGGCGGACUCGCAGCAGUACCGCGACACCCAUAAGACCUUCACUUGUUGGAGCUCUGGAGUUCCAGUCGGUCCUGAAAUCUCUGAAAAGAGCACAGAACCACCAGACCAUCGCGAUGCAUUCCAGACGGUUCUCUGAUGAUCCUACAUAUGUGCUUACGGACGUGGAUCAGCUAUCGACGGCAUCUGACCCUGCAUCGAGAUCACAGUCGAGCGUACGAUCAAAUCCGGAUCACCAUCCUCGAAUCCCGCGAGGCCAUGCUGCAACUUUGAGCGUGCCCGACGUCGGUCCCAGGGGAAGAAUGCGGGCUGUCUCCGCCAACGAUGCUGCGGGAUUACACAUCGAUGCAGAUUUACAGAGAUACAGUCCAGGCCAAGUGCAAGACCGACAGCGCGAAUAUCAGGCAAGCGAGGAUGACUUUGCACUUGCCUCUACAUCUUCGCUACACGACGGUUCCGAGAGCGUCUUGGACCGGCCGAUUUCCUUGACGUUGAAUGUUGAGUCCGCUACUCCCAGAGAACAUCUACCAAUCGCACUCACCGAAAGUCCUGGUCCUAUGACCCCGAUAAAUCAUACAUCAUUACUACAGCCUAUCAUUCCACAAAUGCAUACGGAGCAAGAGAACCCAGGCCAGCGGCACGGGCAUCAUCUUGGACAUCGCCGCACAUCAUCAGCACACCGUAGCCUUGAAGUGCCUAUUAUCGUAGUGCCCGACGAGAAUGACGAUACAGAUGCGAGAGACCCUUUUCCAAGCUACAGAGAUUCUCCGACGUCGUCAAUAUCCGGAGGCUCGAGGUCACCUAUGAGCACAAGACCUCCUAGUAUACACAUUGCCAGUCCACUGGGGCCAGUCAGUUCCCCGGACUACUUUUCGGACUACCAGGCUAGGCCAUGUGAGGCAAGCGAGAAACGCCUCAAAUGGUGGCCUUACAGCGUGCUACCCCCUCCUAAUAUCAUCUUGCAUACUCUCUUCCCGACCGUCGCUCGGUGGCACGAUCGCUCAAUCUGGGGCAAACUCAUCGGUGUUUCCGCCUUGCCGAGCGUGCUCCUGUUGACUCUGACCCUACCAGUGGUGCCUGUGGAUGACAUGACGGAGAAGGACGACGCGCCACUUCUUGGUGGAUCUGUUCAUUGGUCAGGCAAGCCAUCUGCAGAAGCGAACCCGCACAUUCCUUCGUCAGCUGGCCAUCCUACAAAGAGCGACACAACGAAACCUCUAAUAGAGGUUGAAGACAACAGCCGCCCAGAUAUUACGAACUCACGCCUAGAUUCAACGCAAGGGGAAUUACGCCCCUCCGUAGCUGUCUUGGGUGCUAUGGUCACUGAUUCGCAGCACCCAACCCCCGAAACAAGACUGCCACCUCCUCACUACGAGGACCAUGAAAGCCCUCGUGUCUGGAAUCGCUGGCUUCUGAUAGUGCAGCUCUUCCUGGCUCCACAAUUCAUUCUUGUCGCCAUAUACCUACAAGCUCCAUCGGAGCUGCCACUGCGCUGGCUGAUCAGGCCCAGUCUCAUCUCUCUCCUCGUCAGCUUGGCGCUGUUGAUUCCACUGCUCCUCACCACCACACCGACACACAAGCCUAAGGCGUACCAUAUUAUCCUCAGCAACGCCGGCUUUGUUGUCAGUGUCGCCUGGAUCUCUACCGUCGCCAGCCAAGUCGUUGACAGUCUCAAGGCUCUAGCAGUGAUUUGCAAUAUGUCUCAUGCCAUAAUGGGUCUGACCAUAUUUGCCGUCGGAAACUCGCUCGGUGACCUGGUUGCGAACGUGACCCUAGCCCAGCUGGGACGUCCCGUCAUGGCGCUAUCGGCAUGUUUCGGUGGCCCGUUGCUCAACAUCCUACUUGGCAUCGGCCUCUCGGGCUCUUAUAUUCUCAUUUCUGGCGCCGAGCGCCGACACGAGAAACACCCCGACAAGCACCUCAAGUUCAAGACAUUCCACAUCGAAGUGGAGCGUACCUUGAUCAUUUCCGGCUUCACGCUUCUACUGACGCUGGUUGGGCUCAUGAUUGCCGUUCCGUUGAACCGGUACCAGUUUGGCAAACGAAUUGGCUGGUGCCUGAUCGCGUUGUGGACCAUCAGUACCAUCAUCAAUGUCGGCAUUGAGGUCGCUGGUUUGAACAACUUGGAUCGCACAUGAUCGACGUGAUGGGCAGAGGGGUGGUAUCGACAGCAUAUAACGGCUGCCGCAUUGUUCGCUUCUUGAUGUUGCAUAGCGGCCCGGCGCAUUUGGGUGUCCUCUUGUCUUGCAUUUGAAUUUCCUGGGUUAUUGUUCGAUUCCCGCCGUAGUAUAGCUAUCAUAUACCUUCCGUAUUAUUACAACUCUCACGAACACACUCUGACUCCUGUGUAUCGUGGCGCCUC